AUGGCCUCUUUCUUCAAGAACGCCUUUGGAGGCGAAAAGGCCCCCGCGGCCGCGAAUCCAGACUCGGAUUUCGCCGACUUCGCCGAAGCUCCUAGUCCAGCUCCUGAGGUCGGUACUCAGGAUGCGACAGCUGGAAGUGCUGCUGCUGCUGCUGCCACUCAGGUUCCUUACACCAAGUGGUACAAUGUCCACGAACGUCAUUCCAUCUCCGAGUUCAAGAUGGAGGGCAUCAUCCUUCUCAUCUCGAGUGUCAUCUUCUUCCUCCACAUGGUUGGCGCUCGUCGCAACCGCUCCAGGGCCAAGGGCUGGAUCCGUGCUCACGCUCCCAUCCUCCAGAAGGAGUACGCUCUCGUCGGCUUCGGUGGCGUCCCCACUGUCGAUAACGAGGACCUCAACCCCGAUAAGCUGAUCAAGGAGAAGUCCCUCUUUGAGUUCGCAACCUACGCUACCGGCCGACAGAACACGGCUUUUACCGAUGUCAAGCUCACUCUGACCAAGAAGUUCAACCCCAUUGUCAACACCUUCGAGCAUCUCGCUGGCUUCUUCGUCGAGUCUGUUCCCGCACCCAAGGAUGCCGUCGAGGUCCUGACUUACCCCUUCGAUGGCAAGGAGAACCUUACCGUUCCCUCUGUUCCUGGUGCCGCUGAGAUUCGUGCCAAGGAUGGCAAGAGCACUUACGAUGGUUUCGUUUGGGGUGUUGUCCACAAGGACGUCAUGCGCCGAGUCCGCGACGAGCGAUACGACAUUUCUCUUACUUUCACCAAGGACAACCCUAAGCUUCCUGCUUGGCUCACUGUCAUGAGCGAGAGCGCCGAAAUCACCGAUACCCUUCUUACUCCUGAGCUCAUUGCCGCUAUCGAAGCCGCCGGUGACCACUUCGAGUACAUGAUCAUCUCUGACCAGCCCGUCGACAAGCCUCUCACCCUCGAGGAGACCGCUCCUCGCAAGCGCCUCUUCCUCAAGUACUCUCUUCCCUCCAACGGAAUCUACGACACUCUUCUGCCUCUCUUCUCGCACUACCUCCAGCUUCCCGAUCUCCUUGUCAAGGUUGCCCACUUCCGCCCUGAGGUCAGCAAGAAGGUUCGUACCAUCCGUGAGAGCGCCAUUGCCGAGAUCAAGAAGUCCGCCGAGAGUCAGCGCCAAGAAGAACUUCUUCUCGAGAAGGAGAAGGCCCGUAAGGCUAAGCGUGAUGCUGAACUCAAGGGUCUUGACGCCAAGGCUCAAAAGCGAUACCUCGAGAAGGAGAGGGAAAAGGAGAUGCGCAAGAACCAAAAGCGACAGACACAGCGUGCUUAG